AUGACAAUAAAAAACCUUAUAGUAAUAGAAUUGAAGAUUAUAAAAGAGGAUGCUGAGGCUGAGGAACAAUAAUCAGAGUGUGAAAAACUGCAGUAUAACCCUUAUUUAAUUAUAAGAUAAGGAAAUACUUGUAGCUUUAAGAAUAAGAUUAUAUAAGAGUAUUAUUUUGCCCACUUCUUAAAAAGGAUUCUAAUCAAUGAAAGGAUGAUAAAUGUAAUAUCUAAUAGUGAAUUAUAGCAAAUAAAUCUGACAGAUAGUAAUUUUACAGGCGCCUUGAAUAUUUUGAGGGAGGACCUUCGAAAAUCUGAGAAAAUCAAGGAAAAAUUAAUUAAAAUCAUAAAAAUGUCUUAAGAUUCUUAAUAUACGCGGGUUUCUUCUAAUUCCUGUAUUUGAUAUCUUUCCUGAAUUUCAAUCUUGGGGGAGAGGAUCUUUCAAAUAUUUAAUUAUCAGAUACAAAUUUUCUGGAAUCAGUUUUUUUAAUUGCAAUUUAAGUGGAUCUGUAUUUAAAAAUGCCAUUAUCAAUAGGUGUAACUUUGACUUUGCUAAAUUAAAUAAUGUUAAUUGGUCUACCAUCUAAAUUGCAGAAAUAGCAAACCUAUAACAAAAAGAGAAAGUAGAAUACGUAGUUUUUACUCCUGAUGGAAGCUAUUUGAUUUCUUUGUAAGCUAUAGUGUUGAAAAAAUGGGAUUGCAGACCUUACGAACUAAUGAAUCAAGUAAAUCAAGAUAAGACAGACAGAUCAUUUUAAAUCUUUAGCAAUAUCGAAUAUUCAUUUCGCGAACAGUAAAUAAUAUGUAGCAACUUGUUCUUAAAAAGAGAUCUUUUCGAGAGAUUUUAAAACUUUGAAUGACAUUCUAUAUAAAAUACAAAUACGUUUCGAAAUUGCCAAUGCUUUGCAGUUUUCUCCUGAUACAGAAACAGUGGGACUAAUUGACUCUGAUGGAUGGGUAAGAUAUUGGAAGUCCGACGGAUAAUCACUUUAAACUAAGUCUUUGGAGUAGAAAAUCUUAUAUUACGUUCCUCCUACCCUUUAUACUAAAUUAACAAUAGAGCAUUUAAUGAAAGUAAUAGUUACUUCAUGUUUAAAGGUAAAAAGAACUUGAUAUUAUUUCAAGAAUUGAUCCGAUAGAAUCGAUUGAAGAAGAUUUAUUUAAUGCUUCAUAAAGUGGAAAAAAAUUUGAAAUUGUUAAUAAGGAGGAUGUUAUUUUUUAUACAUGGCAUGUUCCAAAAUUAACUGAAACCGAAAGGAUUAAUUUUAGAUAUUAAAUUUUGUAGUUCAUAACUUUAACUCAAAAUUGGGAAUUGGCAUAUAAAAUAAGGAAGAUUUAGUGCUAUGGAAUACUAAAAACAGUUGUAUUAAAAGAAUAUUUAAAGGCUAUUAGAUAACCCAACGUUGUAAUAUUAAUCCUGAAAUGA